AUGGCGAACUUUUACAUCUUCUUCCUGCUUUCCUUAGCUGCUGCCAACUCUCCGGUCGUUGAUCUGGGAUAUACGAGCUAUGAGGGUCGCUCACUUGACGGUGGUGUCUCGCAGUGGCUUGGGAUGCGCUUCGCUGCACCUCCGGUGGAUGACUUGCGUUUUGCUGCACCCCAGGACCCCCUCUCGCAAACUGGGGCUCAACAGGCAACCCAGCAUGGGGCAGCCUGCAUUCCCGUCGCCGACAGUCUAAACACUGCUGUCCCAUCUGGUACCUCGGAAGACUGCCUCUUCUUAGAUAUUUACGCCCCCACAGAGGCGUUCACGUCGAAGAAGAAACUACCAGUGUACUUCUUCAUCCAAGGUGGAGGCUUCGCUUCUCUUUCAAAUCAGAAUUAUAAUGGCACAGGCUUAAUCCAGGCUUCGGGCUUUAAUAUCAUCGUUGUCACCUUCAAUUACCGUGUGGGGCCCUACGGCUUUCUCGCCGGUGAUGAAGUCGAGACGGGAGCCAGCCUGAAUAAUGGUCUAAAGGAUCAGAUCAAGGCUCUCGAGUGGGUGCAAAAAUAUAUUAGCAAGUUCGGGGGUGACCCUGACCACGUUGUCAUCGGCGGUGACAGCGCCGGUGGUGCGUCUGUAACUCUCUUGCUCUCUGCAUAUGGCGGACGCAAUGAUAAUCUAUUCAUCGGGGCUGCUGCCGAGUCCCAAAGCUUUGCGAACAUGCUCAACGUCUCCGAAAGUCAAUUCGCAUACGACAAACUAGCCAAUCGUACAGGCUGCAUCACGAGCACCGACUCUCUCACCUGUCUACGCAAUCUAGACAUCAGUGCCCUACAAGCACAAAACGUUCGCACCCCUUACCCAGGAGCACCAGGAAACCCAUUGUACCUUUACGGUCCAACCGUCGAUGAAGACCUCGUGCAAGACCACACAUUGAAACUCUUCCACGAAGGCAAAUUCAUCAAAGUCCCCGUGAUAUUCGGCGACGACACAAACGAAGGCACAAUCUUCGUCCCCAAAAGUACCGCCAGCGUCGUCGAUGCAGACAACUUCCUCAAAGACCAAUUCCCGACCAUCACCCAAGCUCAACUAUCCGAGAUAAAUAGUAUGUAUCUCACCGAGGACCAAACACGCGAGUUCCCAAAUGCCCAGCCAUACUGGCGUCCCGCUAGCAACGCCUACGGGGAGCUCCGCUACAUUUGUCCCGGCAUCGACAUGUCCUCCGUUUACGCCGCAGCCAACAUACCCAGCUGGAACUACCACUACGCCGUGUUAGAUCCCUGGUCUGAAGGCAACGGCACGGGAGUGUCACACACGGUCGAGGUCAACGCCAUUUGGGGACCACAGUAUGUGAGCGGGGUCCCGCCGGACUCGUACUGGAAUAUCAAUGCCAAUAUUAUACCUGUGAUGCAGGGGUAUUGGACGAGUUUUGUGAGAUCGUUGGAUCCGAAUACACAUCGGUAUGCGGGGAGUCCGGAGUGGAAGACUUGGGGGAAGGGGGAUGAUGCUUUUCAGAGAAUUUUCAUUCGCACGAAUGAGACUCGUAUGGAGAGUGUGCCACAGGCGCAGCGGGAUCGAUGUGACUAUUUGAUUGGAAUUGGUGAGAGUUUGAGGCAGUAG